UUUUCAGGGGGAAACGCUGGCAUCAAUUACCGGGAGUGGUAUAAGCCCCUAGUGUGGUUUUGGAUCCUGGUUGGCCUUGCCUACUUUGCAGCUGUCCUCAGUAUGAUUGGAGACUGGCUACGGGUUCUGUCCAAAAAGACAAAAGAAGAGGUGGGUGAAAUCAAGGCCCAUGCGGCGGAGUGGAAGGCCAACGUCACGGCCGAGUUCCGGGAGACAAGGCGAAGGCUCAGCGUGGAGAUCCACGAUAAGCUGCAGCGGGCGGCCACGAUCCGCAGUAUGGAGCGCCGGCGGCUGGGCCUGGACCAGCGGGCCCACUCGCUGGACAUGCUGUCCCCAGAGAAGCGCUCUGUCUUCGCCGCCCUGGACACGGGCCGCUUCAAGGCCUCUUCCCAGGAGAGCAUCAACAACCGGCCUAACAACCUUCGCCUGAAGGGGCCGGAGCAGCUGAACAAGCACGGGCAGGGCGCGUCCGAGGACAACAUCAUCAACAAGUUCGGGUCCACCUCCAGACUCACCAAGAGGAAAAACAAGGACCUCAAAAAGACCUUGCCCGAGGACGUUCAGAAAAUCUACAAGACCUUCCGGAAUUACUCCCUGGAUGAGGAGAAGAAGGAGGAGGAGACGGAAAAGAUGUGUAACUCAGACAACUCCAGCACAGCCAUGCUCACGGACUGUAUCCAGCAGCACGCUGAGAUGGAGAACGGGAUGAUACCCACGGACACCAAAGACCGGGAGCUGGAGAACAACUCAUUACUUGAAGACAGAAACUAAAUGUGAAGGACAUUGGUCUUGAACUGAGCAUUGUGUGUGGUGUGUGUGUGUGUGUGUGUGUGUAUGUGUGUGUGUUUUUAAUAUUCACAGAGACAUGUGCCUUAAACAGACUUAUUAGUCCAAAAUUACAUAGCAUUGAAGAAUAUAUUUCACUGUGCCAUAAACAACUGAAAACUUGCUCUGCCAAAAGGAAUCAAAGAAUAAGAACAUUUCAGAUAGCAACCGUGGGACGCACCGAGAACGUCUGUGCACGUAGCCAGUUCUGGCUGUACAUGUUAAGGGCGUUUCAGUGGCAGUGCCAUAUCCCUGGGCAGUGCCACCUGGGCACACACAUAGGUAAGGGCAGCUAUUCCUUAGACCAGCCUCCUGAAAGAAAUGGAUGUGUCUUUUUGGUGGAGUCGUUAGUGAUAUGUGCACAUGCAGAAGGGGAUCUGGUUGGGGGUGAACUGGUUAUGGGUAACAAGGGUUGGGGUUGACAUUUUGUUACGUUCUCUGAGCUGGAAUUUUGAUACACACCAUUCAGUGCAUAAUACCUAGUCUUUCUAUGCUCCCAAUGAAUGUCUGUGGGACCUGAGAGCACCUGGAAUUUGUUGGAAGCAGAUCAGAGCGCAUGUAUUAAAAGGUGCAAUUGCUUUUCUCAUGACAAAGGAAAAAAAAACAGUCACAAACACAUCACACUGUGGAUAUCGCCUUCACCAAUGACAGAAGCCCUGCUGAGUACGGUCUUUCUCACGGGGGUAGGUAGUCCACAUGAACUGGCGAGCAUUGGUGAAAAUGCGACAUCAGCCGCUGCAUGGUUAAAGGCCAGCCGUGCAUUUUCCUCAGUGGGUGCAAUGGUGACAAUAAACCGAUUUGGAAAUGUCCAUGUUCACUUUCCUAGUGGAACUUUGGUUAUAACUUGUUUUGAUAAGAGCGGGCGAAAUACCAAAACAAUUGCCUUGCAUGAUGCCAGUGGCUUGCUGUUCUGUCUAGCUGAUCUUACGUGUUUAUAAAAAUAGACAUCCUGCAUUUCUGAGACGUACCGAGGAGGACCGUGGCAUCUUUCCAUCUCAGGGCUUUUUGUCCCUUGGGUGUCUUAGGGUAGACGUAGUUAUAAGAUCCAAUCUCACUAUCUCCAAACAAAAAGAAAAUGUACCCCUUGCACAGUAAGCUUGAAAUGUUUUGAUUGCUUGCAGCCUAAGUGCCAUUAAUUCCGUUUAACAAUGAUACUUAGAAAGACUUAAACUAUUUCAUGUUACUUUUACGUUUGGGCAAUCCUUUAUUCUGAAAACGCUGCUUCUUCUCCUUGCCUGUUUCUUCAUCUCACAUCGGUUAUUCACUAAAACCGGAACACCCCUAGACUGAU